AACUGCUGCUGGUGGUACUUAAAUGGCAGACUGGCUUUCCAUGCACUGUACCUUGUGUGGCUUGUGUGUGUGAAUAAAUGUAUAUGGAGUUUGUGCAAAUGCAGAAGAUAGAAAAUAAGCUGAAGUCACGACUGGAAGAGACUGAAAACUGGAACUGGAACUGAAGUGCAAACGAAAGUUGCGCAUCACGUGUUAAGGCCAUAGAACGCUCGUGAACAGCGAGCACAAAACGCAGACAAAAAUGGCGCAAAAUGCACCCAAUUGCAAAGAUUCGCAGGAAGUGCAAUUCAAAUUGCACGACAAAUUUGUGGCUUUUCGGAAUUGCGGCGAGCCGCGCAGCAAUGUGAAAUUAUUGGCAGUUUCCAGCAGUCGCGGCUUGCUCUUUGCCGGCAAUCCAACAGCGCCGGAACUAAAAGUUAUAAUCAUCAAAGAUGUCGCUGCUGCAAAGACGUCCUGCAAACAGCCACAUGCUCGUCUGGUGCCGCUGCCCAGCAUUCCCAAUUACAUGUCCUGCAGUGGCGAUGGCAACCUGUUGGCCAUUAACUACACACAGCCAAAUGGCAAUAGUCUGUUGCUCGUGUAUGCGGUGCAAUCGUUUAUGACGGCUGAGCUGCGAACGCUGUACAACAUUCGAUUGGCUGCCGAGGAUUAUGUGUAUGCUGUGCAGUUGCUGUGGAAUCCCGUGUUGCCCAACAGUCUGGCUGUGGUGUUGAGUAAUGGGGGACUGAACAUGUAUGGCUUGAGGGAGGGCGGCAAUUUUGAACUGCACUCGCUGGACAAGAGUCAGCAGGUGAAGUGCGGUUGUUGGUCACCAAAGGGGAAGCAACUGGUGCUCGGAUUUCCCAGUGGACGUUUGCAGCAAUUCAAGCCAGAUCUGACGCCGGCCAAGACGCUGGCUUGUCCACCCAAUGUGCAUGAGGCGCCAUUCGACACAAUUGCCAUUCACUGGCUGUCGACCUACCAAUUUGCCGUCAUCUUUCUGCAGCAUGGCGAGGAUUGCAGUCCUGCUCUGUAUAUUAUAAAUGCACCCAAGGCAGGCACGCCCACCUACAUCAAUUAUUAUGAUAUAUGCUACAGUUUGAAUGGGCCCCGCAAUCAUCAAUUCCAUUUUACGCAUGUGCCGCAGUGGAAUCUAUUGCUCCUCAGCUCGGCCAAUGGUAUUGAGGUUGGUGUCCUGGGCACCUCGGAGGCGGGUGAUACGCCCACUUGGCAACAGUUGACGUUGCUGGAUGAGGCACGCGUUGAGAUGCCGCUGAGCCAGGCCACGCAGGAUGAAACCUUUCCGUUGGGCUUUGUCUUUGACACCUCGAGCACUCACCACCUGAGUCUGAAUGAACAGCAGUUGCCCAACAUGCCCAUGGUGCAUGUCCUGGGCACGGAUGGCACUUUGCUCGCCUUCAAUUUUCUCAAUCUGCAGCCGGGCGCGACGUCCAUUUGCUCACCGCCACCGCCUUUAGCGGACACUUCGGGACAGUUUGUGCCGCUGAAUGCGCUACUCGCUGCGGAGGAGGAGCAGCCCACACCUGGAGGAGGUGGAGCAGCAGCACCAGCACCAUCUGCGCCUAUAGCUCAGUUAGCUCCCGUGGAAGCCAGCACGCCUGCUCUGUCCGACAUUUCGUUUGCCUUUACGCCCAACACGGUCACCUCGACGCCAGCUCCGUUGAAGGAUAAGCCGCCUUCCUUGUUUGCCGGCUUUGGCAAUGUGGGCAAUAAGCAAGCGCCGCCUGCUUUUGGAGCACCGGCUGCAGCGCCCCUCAACUUUACCACCUGCGCUGCUGUCGUCAAACCACAGCCACCAACCAGCUUUGGUGGUUUUGGUGGUGCUGCCUCAACUGCGCCGCCGGCAACUGCCUCGAUUUUUAGCAGCAAUGCGCCCAACAGUUUUACCAACCAGCCGGCGAGUGUUAUGGGCUGCAAUCCAGUCCAAUCACAGCAGGCAGUAACAACAGCAGCAACAGCAACAGCUGCUCCCACUAAGAACAACAACAAUAGCAAUAACAACAAACCACUGUACACAGUUCCACCCACUUUCACGCCCGUUGCAACGGCUCCAGCAUCCGCUGCUGGUGCAAAGAGCUCUGAGUUCAGUGGUCGCGAUGUGGACGAUGUCAUUGCAGAGAUCAUGAAUGUGCAGAUCAGCGCAUUCAACGAUCAAAUCGAACAGCAAAAGCAACAGACCAAAGCGCUGCUCUCUCAGAUUGAAUCGCCCUCGUCGAUUAAGUACUAUGCCAAGCGGCUGGAGGAUCUACAGGAGCUGAACGAACAGGCCAACGAUGUGGACUUUGAGCAGGAUGUGCAGGGAUUGCGACAUGCACUGAGCGAGGCGUAUGCCAUGAUGGCCGAGUGCCGUGCCAAACUGGAGGUCUACCACAAACCAGACAUUACUCGCUUGAUGAGUGCCACCAAUUUCGAUGCAUCUGGUCGUCGUCUGCUCUCGCGCCUGCAGAGCUAUGUGGCUGCCAAUGAGGCGCAGUUGCAGCUGGCACAGGCUCAGAUCGAUACACAGUGGGAGCAGUAUCAGGACGUGAUGCGUCGCAACUCCAAGUCGAAAAUGCAUAUGCCCUGCUUGGAGGGCAUCUAUCAGCGCUUGACGCGGCUCCAGAAUGUCGCCUCCGAUCAGCGCAUCACGCAGAACAGGAUUAAGCUGAGGCUCAAGGAGCGCGGACUGCUGCAGUCAGCGCUGCUCAACCAGGAGAAUAGUCGUGCUCGCAACAACGAGGCCGUGGACACGCUCGCCGACUCCAUACUGUCGAUGAGCCUGCACCAGGUGGUGGACACCAAUCGGGCCAAGUUGUCGCAGCAGAAAUUGCAGAGCAUACGCGAGCAGCUGCAGCAACACAAGAUUCACAUCAUUAGUCCGCAGCGACCAGAUCGCGUCGGUCUGAAAUCCGAGGUCAUCUUGGAGACCAAGCUAAAAGCGGAGCUCAAAAAGAAGACAGCCACAGCAGCAGCGGCGGCUGCAGCGGCAACAGCUGCAGCAACUGUUGCCAAGCCAAUGGUGGCGCAUAAGGCAACUCAAGUUGCAGCUGCGGCGCCAGCACCACUGGCCAAACCGACGGCCUCCAAGCCAGCAGCAGGCGUAACAGUGGAAAAGACACAGCACAGUCUGCAGGCGCCAGCUGCAGCACCAUUUAGUUUCAGCCAGAGCAGUCCCUUUGUGAAGACCACUGCGUCCACAGUGACGACAACAACGCUAAGCGCUGGCGAGACCACAAAGCCAACCGCAUCUUUCUUUGGCGGCACCACGCCAUUUAGUUUCGGUGCCACAAACAAACCCAUGAUGCCCAUGGCACCCAUAAUGCCCAUGGCUGGAAUGAGUGCGCCGACCAAGCCUCAAGCAACAACAGCAGCACCAUCAGCUGCACCCAAUCUUUUUGCUGGCUUCGGCAAUGUAGCCAUUGAUGCCACCAAGCCCAAGGCAAUGCCGGAGCCGGCCAAGGAAGCGCCUGCUAAGCCAUUGGAUCUGAAGAAGGAGGAGCCAACGGCAGAACCCGUCAAGACGGCACCAGCUGCCACCAAAGCAGAACCAGCUGGCAAACCCUUCACCUUUUCGGGCUUUGGCAGCAGUGCAGGCGGCUCCAUUGGUAGCGGUAGCUCGCCAUUCAGUUUUGGGGGCUUUGGCUCCUCGCUGGGCAACACAGCAGCGCCAGCCUUCGCUCCAGCUCCAGUUCCAGCUGUGGCAACUGUCACUGCAGCAACAACCACCAGCAGCGCUGAGACUGUUGUCACCAGCAGCACUGCGCCCGCUGCAACACCAAUAUUUACAGCUGCUGCUGCUGCUGCCACUACUGCUGCUGCUACUACUGCUGCUACAGCUGCUGCUACAACUGCUGCUGCUGCUCCUCCUCCUCCUGCUUCCUUACCAGCAGUCAGCCAGCCAAGCAGCACCAGCUCCAGCUUCCUAAGUGCAGCUCCAGCUGCUUCAACUGUAACCAGCAGCAGUGCACCUGCCAUCGACAAUCUCUUUGGCUCGAUUAACAUAUGCAAGCCACAAACCAAGGACAACGUUGCAGAUGCCGCACCUGCAAACAUCUUUAGCGGGUUCGGUCAGAGUGCCGCUGCCGGUGACGAGGCUAGCAACAAAGUCUUUGGCAUUGCUGACAGCAACAGCAGCACGGCAACAACAGGCACAACUACAACAACAACGCCAGCAACAACGACACCAGCAACUGCAAAUACUGUAGCAGCACCUGCAACAGCAACAGUUGCUGCCGCGAGCACAGCAGCAAGCACAGCAAAUGCAGCUGCGGCGCCCGGCAGCAGUUUCUCGUUCUCGAAUGCGUUUAGCAGCUUGAGCACGGUUAGCACCACCACUGGCACUGGCGCACUGACAGCCACCAGCGUUGCCCCAACCGUAUCAUCAGCAUCCAUGUUUGGUGGCGCCACGAAUGCCUUUGCACCAGCAGCCUCAAUCGGUAGUCCCUUCCAGGCAGCAACAGCUGCUGCUGCGGCUGCUCCGCCUGUUGCUGCUGCCGCCGCCAACCCGCUGGGUGGCAACGUUUUCGGCAAUCUACCCAAGCCGCAGGCGAGUGUUUUUGGCGCUGUUUCACCAGCUGCACCACCCAGUGGCCUGUUUGCAGCAGCAGCUGCUGAUACCAGUCCCUCACCCUUUGGCGCUUUGGCGCCACCAGAUACAGGCAGCUUCGGCGGCAACAUCUUUGGCCAAGCGGCAGCAGCAACUGCAGCAGCACCUGUUAAACCCAGCGGCUUUGGUUCGCCGGCAGCUGCACCAGCUGGUGGUUCGAUAUUCGGUGGCGCUGGCAGCGCUUCAGCUUCACCCUUCAGUGGCAGUUCGAUAUUUGGGGGCGUUAACAGCGCCCAGAGCACGCCAGCUGCUCCUGUGGCCACAUCUUCAUUUUUUGGCCAGAACGUUUUCGGUCAAACGCCGGCAGCUGCUGGUGCUACCAACUUAUUUGGCAAUUCAAGCCCCGCCCAACCGCAGGCAUCUGCAUUCGGUGGUUCCAUUUUUGCCACAGCUGCAGCGAAUCCAACCUCACCGGCUGCCUCGGGUGGCUCGAUUUUUGGCGGUGGCAGCAGCUCUGGUGGCUUUGGCAGUUUUUCGCAAUCUUCGCCAGCUCCGGGCGCUUUUGGCAGUGGCUUUUCACAGGGCGCCGGUUCGGUAGCUCAGUCCGGUUUUGGAUCGCCGCAGCAGCAACAACAGCAAUCGCAAUCGCCCGCGGGUGGUUUUGGCGGCAAGCCCGUGUUUGGCGGCAGUCCCGCCUUUGGUGCAAGUCCCACCUUUGGUGGUGCACCCACAUUCGGCAGUCCCAAGGGCUUUGGCUCGUUCAACGCCAGUCCAAGCGGUGUCGUUGCACCGCCUGCUUUUGGUGCACCAGCCAAGCCGGCAGAGGGCAACAUCUUUGAAACACUCGGCAGCAACGACUCGGGCCUCUCCUUUGGCAACUUGGCUCAGACCGGCAACGCCAAUGCUCCAAAGUCCUCCUUUGGCGGCUCUUCCUUUAUGACGUAUCGCUAAGAAUCCUUGUUUGUCUUCGUUAAGUGAAUUUAUGUAAACUAAGUCCAAUAAAAUUGAUUGAAUAUGUAACCAAAA